UAUAAAUGAAUAUGUAAAUAAAACACAAAUUAAACAAGACAAGUAGUGCUAUACACAUUCAUAGUUUUCUCAAUAGGAAAGAAUUAGUAAUUGAUAUUGUCACACACAUAUUUGUUAUAGGAGGCAUCAAUAGUGAAAAGUAGUAAAACAAAUUAACCUAUAGUGUAUAUUAGCGAUCCAAACACACCAAUAUCCAAGACUAAUGGAUGACCAUCGUUUUGUCACUCACAAUACUAAUGGCUAAAAACUUGUCUUUCUAUCUUGCACAAACCACAAACACAUAAACAUCAAACAAAACAAAAAAAAAAAAAUGCAUGAAAUCACACAACAUGAAAAAGAUCGACGGUGAAUUAUAUAUUUCAUGUUAUAAUGUUAGUUGAAAUUCGAGAAUACUGCAAAUUCGUGUUUGAAGAAAUCGAACGUUAUGCCACCGAGGAUUAAUCUCCAACACCAACCUCCUCGUUCCACUAAGCAAUUCCUACCCUACUUGGCCUUCAUCAUCUUUUCCGCCAUCUUCGUCUUCAAGUUGGACAUACUUAUUUCCCAGAAGAUCUUCACAACGGAAUAUAAUCAAGAAAGGACAACAUAUAAAAGCAUUAAUAAAUCAUCAGACAACACAGUUGAAGCUCGAAAUGGAACGUUUAACCAGCACUUCAUCGUGUCGUGGGGCGAGGAACGCGCGCAAGUGCUGAAUGACGGCGAGCUCCUGACGUUGUCCCUCGACAGGAAAUCCGGCUCCGGCUUCCAAUCAAGGAGAGAGUUGUUGUUCGGAAAAGUGGACAUGCAAAUGAAGCUUGUCCCAGGCAACUCAGCAGGCACAGUCACAACUUAUUAUUUUUCGUCACAUGGCGACUUCCAUGAUGAGAUAGAUUUUGAAUUUUUGGGGAAUUCAAGUGGGAAUCCGUACACACUCCACACUAACAUCUUCAGCCAAGGGAAGGGUGCGAGGGAGCAGCAAUUCUUUCUUUGGUUUGAUCCAACUGCAGAUUUUCAUACUUAUUCCAUUCUUUGGAAUCCCAAAUGCGUUUUGUGGUUGGUGGACAACAUUGCUAUAAGGGAGUUCAAGAACAUAGAGAAUUUAGGGGUUCCAUACCUUAGAGAUCAACCAAUGAGGAUUUAUUCGAGUUUGUGGGAUGCCGAGGAUUGGGCGACGCAACACGGCCUAGUGAAGACCGAUUGGAGCCUCGCCCCAUUCACAGCCGCCUACAGGAAUUACUCCCUAGACGGCUGCGUCUGGUCGCGGCUCACCAGAACCUCCUCGUGCACGGACGCCGACUUCUCCACAAAGGAAGUGCUCACCACGGAGCUGGACAGGCAGAGUAGGUCCAGGAUGAAGAAGCUGCAAAGGGAUCAUAUGGUCUAUGAUUAUUGCAAGGAUAGAUGGAGGUUUCCUAAGGGCCCUGCCCGUGAAUGCAAGCAUAAUUAGAUUCAUUGCAUUUUUCAUUACAAAAAAAAAAAAAAAAAAAAAUUGGGAGGAGACGCGUUGUUCAUUUCACUAUGUGUAAUAGUUAUUGAAUAGUAUGAUUGAAUAUUAAAAAAUUAGAUGGUUGACUAAACUUG